CCUCGCUGUAGUAGGAUUCGCGAUGUCUCUCUCCGGAUGUGUUCAUCGCAGGCGGUAGCGAUCCAGCAGCAGCAGCAGCAGCAGCAGCAGCAGCGCGGAGGUGAGCGAGUGAGAGCGACUCUCUCAGCAGCAUCAUGGCGGAGCAGAGCGACUCCCCGGCGGCCGUCCAAACCCCGCAGCCGGCGCUCACCACCAGCUGGCCCAUUGUCAAGGAGGCGUACGAGCUCCAGGAGGUGAUCGGUAGCGGAGCCACAGCAGUCGUCCAGGCAGCGCUUUGUAGCCCUCGACAUGAGCGUGUGGCCAUCAAGAGAAUCAACCUGGAGAAGUGCCAGACCAGCAUGGAUGAGCUGUUGAAAGAGAUUCAAGCCAUGAGCCAGUGUUACCAUCCCAACGUGGUCACCUACUACACUUCAUUUGUUGUGAAAGAUGAACUUUGGCUGGUCAUGAAGCUCCUGAGUGGAGGAUCAGUGUUAGACAUCAUAAAGCAUUCAUUCAGCAAAGGAGAGCAUAAAAACGGUGUCCUAGAUGAAUCUACAAUAGCAACCAUAUUGAAGGAAGUCCUGGAGGGAUUAGAUUAUCUACACAAAAAUGGACAGAUUCACAGGGACGUGAAGGCUGGUAAUAUUCUACUGGGAGAAGAUGGAUCGGUGCAGAUCGCAGAUUUUGGUGUGAGUGCUUUUCUGGCCACUGGUGGAGACGUCACUAGACACAAAGUGAGGAAAACGUUCGUGGGGACCCCGUGCUGGAUGGCUCCAGAGGUGAUGGAGCAGGUGCGGGGUUACGACUUCAAAGCUGACAUUUGGAGUUUCGGAAUCACUGCCAUUGAACUGGCAACAGGCUCUGCGCCGUAUCAUCGCUACCCCCCUAUGAAGGUUUUAAUGCUCACGCUGCAGAACGAUCCUCCAACCUUGGAGACUGGGGUUGAGGACAAAGAGAUGCUUAAGAAGUAUGGGAAAUCUUUUAGAAAACUUAUAUCCUUGUGCCUUCAGAAGGACCCUGCCAAGAGGCCCACUGCAGCCGAGCUUUUGAAAUGUAAAUUUUUCCAAAAGGCUAAGAAUCGAGAGUACUUGAAUGAAAAGCUGCUUAGUAAAGGACCAAAUAUAAGCCAAAGAGCCAAAAAGGUCAGAAGGGUUCCAGGGUCGAGUGGUCAUCUGCACAAGACCGAGGAUGGAGACUGGGAGUGGAGUGAUGACGAAAUGGACGCGAUAAGUGAGGAGGGGAAGGCUGCUGUCAAUCACGGAAGGUCACGCAGGGUCAAAGACGAAAACCAGCAUGGUGAAGUGAACGCUAACAGUCUCCCGCUAGAGGACCUCACCAUUCAGCAUCCCCAGGUUCAACCGUUGGAGAAACCCUCAAGCGCUCAGGGAGCGGUGAACAUGGUCCUGAGGUUAAGGAACUCAAGGAAGGAGCUGAAUGACAUACGGUUUGAAUUCACUCCAGGGCAAGACACUGCUGAUGGAGUUUCUCAGGAGCUCUUCUCUGCUGGUCUGGUCAAUGGUCAUGAUGUGGUUGUGGUGGCUGCUAACCUACAGAAGAUUGUAGAAGACCCAAUUACCUAUAAAGUAUUGACCUUUAAGUUGGUGAGUAUUCAGAUGCUAAAUGUCACAGAGAAUCUUGCAGGAUUCCCAUGA